ACCACUCCACACUCCACACUUCCAACUUCAUCAUUUUGAAUCCAUAUUGUCCAUAUUUUUAAAAUUUAACUACUGUUUUGUAUGAAGUUACAAAUUAUUGAAAAAUAAUUUCAAAUGGAGUCAAAGCUUGUACCUGAGGAACAACUAACUGCUGGAAAAGGAAAUUGUGAUAAGAGUAAAGGAGGAGUUGAUUCUAUGGAUCGUCACUGCGCCACUUGCGCCAUACUCAUCCCUUCUGAUCAGGUCAAAAAGUGUGGAAAAUGUGGUCGACGGGCAUAUUGCAGUCGUGAAUGUCAAAAAAUUGAUUGGAAGAUCAAGAAUGGGGAUGAUGGAAAGCCUCCAAAGAGUCAAGGUCACAUCAAUUGGUGUGGACUGUCCUAUGGAGAGGAGGACUUGGACUGGGUCCUUCGCGAGAAGUUUGACCCGGAGCCAGCCUUGGUCUGGGCGUCUUCGCAAAACGAUUCAUCCCCUCGACAACUCGCAUCAUGGUGGACUAUUUUCAAGGACGAAAGUUUACCCCCUCCGGUGACCCUAUCAAGGACACUUUCGCUCUCAAAGAGUUAGUCGGCCAUUCGAAACAUGUGGCUCACAAUUGCUAUCCGAACGCAAGCAACGACUGUCUUGACGAUUUCAAUGUGAUGAUUGUCUACUCAAGACGAGAUAUUCAUCCGGAUGAAGAAAUUACAAUCAAUCUACUGAGGUACGGGGAUCAUUUGCAAAAUCACGUUGAUCCAGACACCAUGCAUGAGACGAUGCCGGGCAUAUUUUACGGUUGCCUCGAGAACUUUGCAGAUUGUCGACGAAUUUUGGAGAGCAGAUUCAACAUCAUCUGUCCAUCGGAUUGUUUCUGUCGUGACGACGAAAUGGACAAGUUGAUCAUUGCAAAUAGAAAAGCUAUGGCUGCUCUGUUGAAGAAAGAAAUCGAGCUGAACCGCAAUCCACGCCGGUUGAUUGUCAACGUCAUGCUGGAAGAUUUGCUGAAAUGGUUGGGAAAAAUGGAAAAAAUUAGCAUGUCUGGAAUGGGGAAGGCGACCUACUUACGGUUUGCUUGGCGACUCGCUGUCCAGCAGAGGAAGACGCUCGAACAAGGCCAACAAUUCGUGAAGGAUAUAUACGAAAUUUAUUCAGCCAUUUUUCAUCCCAAAUCUUUGUAUGCUAUGUCUGCUAAGCUUUUCAUCGAGGAGCCGGAACUUUACGAAAAAUAUUUAUGGUUUGAUCGCUGAUAUGAAAUAUCUCUUCGGUUGUAUGUAAUUCUAAUUGGUCAUGCAGUUGGGUUUUGAUGGCCUAUUUCGAUACUCACGCUAAAUUUGUGUAAGCUUUUCUAAUACUUGUACCAAACAGGCUGAUUUGAUUUAAUUUGAUCCAUGGCACAUUCUCUUUGUGAAAUAAU